UUCCCACGCGCGCGCGAUAUCAUGCUAACGACAGCUACCUCACCGAGAACAGAGAACUAUCCGGGGCCUUUUACAAUGUGUCCAGGUACCGUCAAACUCACCGCGGUUGCCCACUGAAGACUUGCUAUACCGGCUGUGUGUGGUGUGUUCGACAGCCGGUCAGAUGCCGCUGCGGCUCGGUGGAGACCACCGGUCCGCUUGUUGACAUCCAUGACGGGGACGAACGUGUGUGUUGUGCCCCGGGAGCUCCAGGACGCUUUUCCGCGGAAGUUUCUUUUUCUCUUCCUCUGGUAUGCAUUUAAACCCGUAGUUUAACUCUGACUCGGCCUUAAGCCGGGACAUCAAGAGUUUGUGUUUUUGUUUUGUAUUCGGUUGUGAUGAAGCUGCAGUGUGAUGUCGAGGUGGUGAACCGGAUGCUUCCCUCGUUUGGGAUGAAAAGUCGAGGGAAGGGCACGAGAGCGGUGCUGUCCAUCGGGAAGCAUGCGGACAAGACGAAUCAACGCAACAACAUCUACAUGAUGAUCUGCACCGCUAAAGACAGAGCAGGCUCAAAGUACAAGCUGAAAGACAACAUAGAGAAGUUCUUCACCUGGUUUGUGGAGGAAGGCAAGGCCACCGUGAGAUUAAAGGAACCUGCUGUUGACAUUUGUUUGAGCAAGGCUGAUGCGAACAGCUUGAAGAACUUCCUCUCGGCGGCUCGUUUGGCCGACAGAGGAAGUGACGCGAGUAGCCUUCCUCUCUCCACGCUCACUCCUGUUCGCGCCAGAGACGUAGAGCAACCCAAGAAGAAGCUCACCAUCGUUUCCAAGAAGGACUAUCCCCUCACCUCCUGCUUCCCCUACUCUCUGGAGCAGCUGCAGGUCUCCUACUGCAAACUGUCCCGGGUGGACAUGCGGAUGCUGUCUCUCAAAGCUCUCCGCAAGCUAGACCUCAGCAACAACCACAUCAAGAAGCUCCCUGCCACCAUCGGGGACCUGGGCUGCCUCUCCGAGCUCGUCCUCCACAACAACCACCUGGAGGCCUUCAGCGAGGCCCUCUGCCUGUCCACCCUGCAGCGGACCCUCCAGCUCCUGGACCUCAGCCAGAAUCGACUGCAGUCCCUCCCGGCUCAGUUCUGCCAGCUCAAAGAACUAGUGAACCUCAAGCUGGACGACAACAAGCUCGUCUGUUUGCCGUUCCACGUGGGCCGACUCUCCAAGCUGAGGUUCCUGUCGGCGGCGCACAACCAGCUAACCAUGUUGCCCUCUGACUUCCGUAAGCUCAGUCUGGAGAACCUGGACCUGUUUGGGAAUCCGUUUGUCCAACCGAACCCUCUUGACCACACGAUGAAACUCACGUUCCCACUUCCUCUUCAAGAGAUGGCUUCCAGAGCCGUGGCCAACCUCAGGUUACCGUACGGACCUCACCUCAUCCCUGCCCACUUGUGUCGGGACCUCGAAGUAGCCAAGCUGUGCGACUGCGGCCGUGUCUGCAUCAAUUUCUACAUCAAGACUGCGGUCAGCAUGAACCUGCACCAAGUCUCUCACACGGUCGUCCUGGUGGACGACAUGGGGGGCACGGACGCUCCGGUGCAGCAGCACUACUGCUCCCUCUCCUGCUACUCCGAGUUUUUAGAUAACUCGCUCCAGAGAGGAAUCAGAUGAGGAAGAACAAACUCUUUUUGUUUGACAGGAAACUGACCGACUGCUGGAAAUUGCGGUGGAUUUAGCAACAGAUUUGCAAGUUCAGAGAUACUGUUGGAGGAUACAGUUGUCUGGUAACGCCUUUAAAUGAAAGGAGGAUAUUGACUCCAUUAGGCUUUAAAAGUGCUUGAAGCAGCCUGUUUUACACUCACACUCAGCUUAUAUUGCACUCCCUUACUUAACUGCUCCAUCUGUAACUGAAUAACACUGAAUUUAUAGAAUGAUAGCGGGCAGCCACACGGACAGUUUGCCAUUGCUGCCGGUGAACGUCACACAUCGUCUUUCCUGCCUCUGAGAGCAGACUGCAGGCUACUGACCUACUUCUACAAGGCAGGAAUAAAGAAAUUAGAUUCAUUUGAGUUUCUUCCUGAACACAGUGCCUCAGGGUCCGUGAGCGUUGGCUAAAGGGAGUUGGUUUUUACUGUGCUAAUGACCCACAAUUUUUAUAUUCAUGUGAAAAAUGCAAUAAAAUCAAAGUAUUCA